AUGCCCCAAUCUGUCUGGAAGCGCAAAUUUCCAUCGGGCUACGGCCUCGAGAAGGCCCUUGCCGCGACGCGAUCCUCGGGACAGCCAGAGCCGAUUGAGAGCCCGCCCAGCGAGGUGUCCGAUCUGCUCGACGCGGACGUCGGUGGCAACGGCUUUACCCUUGCCUCCUGGACGGCCUCGGAUGCCUGGGAGCUGGGUCACCUACUGCACGCCCGGCUGUCGUCGUGGGGGUCUUCACGCCCGGCCCUCAUCUCCAUCAGCCUCGCCAGCGGUCUCGUCCUUUUCCAGAGCGCGACAGGUUCGGGCCUCACGCCUGACAACGGCGUGUGGGUGGCGCGGAAGCGGAAGACGGUCCUGCGAUUCGGCGUGAGCAGCUGGCUCGUCGGCCGGAAAUUUGGCGGUGACGAGGGCGCCUUUGCGGCCAAGUACGGCCUUUCGCCCGACCAGGCAUCCGAGUACGCCAUCCACGGCGGCGGCGUGCCGAUCCGCGUCGCCGGCGUCGAAGGCGUCGUCGCCGUCGUCGUCGUGAGCGGGCUGAAGCAGAACGAGGAUCACGGCGUGAUUUCUGAAGUUAUUCGGAAGAACUGGACGACCGAGUAG